UGUGAGCGGUCCUCCGCAAGGUUGGCAUCAUGGAAGCCGCGGUGCUGGCCGUGGUUUUGGGGUUCCUACUCCUGGCCGGGGGCUCGGUGGGCGACGAGGCUCGGGAGGCGGAGGCCGUACGGGAGCUGGUGGCCCGGCUGCUGGGACCCGGGCCGGCGGCCGAUUUCUUGGUGUCGGUAGAGCGCGCGCUGGCAGCCGAGUCAGGUCUGGACACCUACAGCCUGAGCGGCGGCGGCGGGACGCCGGUGCGUGUGCGCGGCUCCACGGGGGUGGCGGCCGCCGCGGGGCUGUACCGCUACCUGCGCGACUUCUGCGGCUGCCAGGUGGCCUGGUCCGGCUCUCAGCUGCACCUGCCGCGGCCGCUGCCCGCUGUGGCCGAAGAGCUGACCGAGGCCACGCCCAACAGGUAUCGCUAUUACCAGAAUGUGUGCACGCACAGCUACUCCUUCGUGUGGUGGGACUGGGCCCGAUGGGAGCAAGAGAUUGACUGGAUGGCGCUGAAUGGUAUCAACCUGGCACUGGCUUGGAAUGGCCAGGAGGCCAUCUGGCAGCGGGUGUACCUGGCCUUGGGCCUGACCCAGUCAGAGAUUGAUGAGUACUUCACCGGUCCUGCCUUCCUGGCCUGGGAACGCAUGGGUAACCUGCACACCUGGGGUGGCCCCCUCUCCCGCCCCUGGCACCUCAAGCAACUCUACCUGCAGCAUCGGAUCCUGGACCGGAUGCGCUCCUUCGGCAUGAUCCCAGUGCUACCUGCCUUCGCAGGACAUGUCCCCAAGGCCAUCACCAGGGUGUUCCCACAAGUCAAUGUCACCCAGUUGGGCAGCUGGGGACAUUUCAACUGCUCCUUCUCCUGCUCCUUCCUUCUGGCUCCAGGAGACCCCAUAUUCCCCCUCAUCGGGAGCCUCUUCCUACGGGAGCUGACCAAAGAGUUUGGCACAGAUCAUAUCUAUGGGGCUGACACUUUCAACGAGAUGCAGCCUCCCUCCUCGGAGCCCUCCUACCUCACCGCAGCCACGGCAGCUGUCUAUGAGGCCAUGAUUGCGGUGGACCCUGAUGCUAUGUGGCUGCUCCAAGGCUGGCUUUUCCAGAACCAGCCUCAAUUCUGGGGCCCUGCUCAGAUCAAGGCCGUGCUGGAGGCUGUGCCCCGUGGUCGUCUCUUGGUUCUAGACCUGUUUGCUGAGAGCCAGCCUGUUUACGUCCACACAGCCUCCUUCCACGGCCAGCCCUUCAUCUGGUGCAUGCUGCACAACUUUGGGGGUAACCAUGGCCUGUUUGGAACCCUGGAGGCUGUGAACCAAGGCCCCAGGACAGCUCACCUCUUCCCCAACUCCACCAUGGUCGGCACCGGCAUAGUCCCUGAGGGCAUCGGCCAGAACGAAGUGGUCUAUGCUCUCAUGGCUGAGCUGGGUUGGCGCAAGGACCCUGUGCCGGAUUUGGUGGCCUGGGUGAGCAGCUUUGCCAGCCGCCGAUAUGGGAUCUCCCAGCCGGAUGCAGAGGCAGCCUGGAGAUUCCUCCUCAGGAGUGUCUACAACUGUUCUGGGGAGACCUGCAGUGGGCACAAUCGGAGCCCACUGGUCAAGCGGCCAUCCCUACAGAUGAGUACCACUGUCUGGUACAACCGGUCAGACGUGUUCGAGGCCUGGCGACUGCUGUUAACAGCUGCUCCAAACCUGACCGCCAGCCCAGCCUUCCGCUAUGACCUGGUGGAUGUCACCCGCCAAGCAGUGCAGGAGCUGGUGAGUUUGUGCUAUGAGGAGGCAAGGACCGCCUACCUGAAUAAGGAGCUGGAUCUCUUGCUCAGGGCAGGAGGCCGUCUGGCCUAUAUGCUCCUACCUGCCCUAGAUGAGCUACUGGCAAGCGACAGCCGCUUCUUGCUGGGCAGCUGGUUGGAUCAGGCCCGGGCCGUGGCUGUGAGUGAAGCUGAGGCCCAGUUUUAUGAACAGAACAGCCGCUACCAGCUGACCCUGUGGGGGCCUGAGGGUAACAUUCUGGACUACGCCAAUAAGCAGCUGGCAGGACUGGUAGCCGAUUACUACCAGCCACGCUGGGGUCUCUUCAUGGAGACUCUGGCUCACAGCCUCGCCAGCGGCGUCCCCUUCCAACAGCGCAAGUUUGAGAAGGAUGUUUUCCCACUGGAGCAGGCCUUCGUUAUCAACAAGAAGAGGUAUCCCAGUCAACCCCAGGGGGACACUGUGGACCUAGCCAAGAAGAUCUUCCUCAAAUAUCACCCCCAGGCAGGCUCUUUGUGACAGGCCAGUGGUCCAGGGACCUGACCUGCUGGAACAGGUCUUCAAACCUGGAAAAAGCACAGGAUGAUCCCUAUGCCUAGGGGAAGGAACCAGGGUCGUCAGCCAGUGAGUGUCGA